AUGUAUUUGAUACAGGUUUUACUCUACCUGUUCCUCCUUCUGGGCCCCUCGGUUCUGGGGGCGCCCUCGCAAUCGUCGCGUCUGAGAAAACGAACCUUCAAAGUCGAUCUGAUUCGCCGUGCGGACUAUGUCCCUAACGGCCUGGCUGCAAUCAAAAAAGCCUACUCCAAGUAUGGCAUCAUCCCCUCCGACAUUGACUUUGGGGCUCUGGAGUUCAACGAGUUCGCAACUUCUGUAGAUCGUCAAGCGGUAAACAAGGCAAAAGAACCUGAUGAGAAUGGUGCUGUUACCAAUAUUCCCACGCAGAACGAUGUACAGUAUCUGUCUCCUGUGACCAUUGGCGGUCAGAAGUUUGUGAUGAACUUUGACACGGGAUCGUCGGACACAUGGGUAUUUAACACGCAAUUGGACUCAAGCAUAUCUGAGGGCCACUCAGUGUUUGAUCCCGCACAGUCUCGUACGUUCGAGCUACUCCAAAGCACAACCUUCAACAUCACCUAUGGAGACUCCUCCUUUGCACGGGGCGAUGUCGGAAGGGACACAAUCGACAUUGGCGGUGCGACAGUUCAAAAGCAAGCUUUUGGACUCCCGAAUGAGAUCUCAGAUUCAUUUAUUAAGGACGCAGGCUCCGACGGUCUCGUUGGUUUAGCAUUUACUUCCAUCAACACUAUGCGUCCAGAACCACAGACAACUUUUUUUGAGAAUAUCGCCUCUGACUUGCAAGACCCCGUCUUCACCGCUCAAUUAAAAUCCCAAGCACCCGGCAGCUAUGAAUUUGGCACAGUCGAUCCUGCGAAAUUCGCCGGUGAUAUGGUUGAUGUCCCUGUGGACAACUCGCGGGGUCAUUGGGAAAUCAAAUCGAGCAUGUUUAUGGUGGGCAACGAUACCUCCGUUAGGACCGUCUCGCGUGGGGUGCGUACUGCAAUCGCCGAUACGGGCACGUCGCUGAUGUUGGUCAAUGGGGAGAUUGUGGAAGCUUAUUACUCCAAGGUUCCUGGGGCACAGCUCUCUGCUGCUGCUGGGGGGUUUAUAUUCCCCUGUGGCACGGAGCUUCCGGAUCUCCUGGUAUCCAUAGGGGAUACGCAUCUAGCGAGAAUACCAGGCAGCUUGAUAACAUUUUCUUCGACGGGGCAUGAUUCUAGCGGAAAUGAGCUCUGUUUCGGAGGCAUCCAAUCCAAUAAAGGCGCUCGCCUCCAGAUCUGGGGAGACGUAUUCUUCAAAGCGAUCUUCGUUGCGUUCGAUCUUCGAGGACCAAAGCUUCGAAUGGCAGCGCACGCUUAG